GUGACCAACUUCCUUUAGCGUCCCAAGCUAGUAACAGCAGAGGUUAAAAACCCGACAAACAUCUGUUUUUCUCUCUCGAUGAACUAUGUUUAACCUCAAGUUUGAAAGUAUGGAACCUUUCGUGAGUUUCGGGUUUUUAACAUGCUCGAGGUUAGUUGGUCACCAGUUAACUGGGAAACCACUUUAAUCAAAACAUCAGGUAGUCGGAGGGCUGCAGACGUAAACACAACUGAGCAUUAAAGACUGUCGGUGUUGAGCCAUGCCAGUGAGCUCAGUGAUCCUGAACCAACGUCUAGCCAGAGGCUGUCACAGGAUUUGGAGCGGCGUUCCCCGACAGUGUGUCCACGUCAAAUCAGCCAGCAUAGGAUCAGAUGAAGAACAACUGUGGGAGGCGGCGAGCGCUCUGCCGUUCACCAGAGCCAGGAUAGGAUCUUUUUUCCAGGAGAGACCAGAGCUGAAGAACCCAUUUCUCGAAGAUGCAUUGCUUAGAGGAUACCUGAGGAGACAUCUGCCCCACCAGGCGGUUUUUUCGGACCUGUGUGCAUUCGGAGAGCGUGUGUGUAAGGAGGUGGACGGCUGGGGCAGAGAGUGCGAGGUCACCCCUCCACGGCUGGUGCACUUUGAUCCGUGGGGUCGCAGAGUGGAUCACAUCGUUACCUCCCCGGCAUGGAAACGCAUGAAAGAUCUAUCUGCACAGGAAGGCCUGGUUGCAAUCGGCUAUGAGAGAUCGUAUGGAGAGUGGAGUCGAGUUUACCAGAUGAGCAAGUUGUACAUCUACUCUCCCUCAUCUGGUCUCUACACUUGUCCUUUGGCCAUGACCGAUGGAGCUGCAAAAGUCAUCCAGUCUCUGGGUGUUUCAAGGCCGGUGGAGGAAGCCUUCAGUCGCUUGACCUCCCGUCAGCCUGAAAGCUUCUGGACGUCUGGGCAGUGGAUGACUGAGAGGCAGGGAGGCUCUGAUGUGGCCAGUGGCACUGAGACCGUCGCUGUUCCACAAACAGACGGCUGGUACAAACUCCAUGGUUUCAAGUGGUUCACUUCUGCUACGGACGCAGACAUGACUCUCACACUGGCCCGAGUUCAGGACAGAACGGGAGCAACCACACCGGGCAGCAAAGGUUUGUCUCUUUUCUAUGCAGAGGUGAGUCGAGGUGAAGAUGGUCGACUGAGGGGCAUCGAGGUCCAGAGACUGAAGGACAAGCUGGGAACGCGACAGAUGCCGACUGCCGAGCUGCUGCUGGACGGCCUGCCGGCACACAGACUCUCAGAGGAGGGGAGAGGCGUGGCCUCCAUAGCGAACAUGUUAACUAUAACCAGGAUCCACAACAGUGUGUCUGCAGCUGCUGCCAUGAGAAGGGUGGUCCAUUUAGCUCGUGACUACGCCACUCGCCGCACUGCCUUUGGAAAGCUUCUUAAAGACCACCCACUGCACAUGCAGACUCUGUCCAGGAUGGAGGUGGAGUCGAGAGGGGCCUUUCUCCUGAUGAUGGACGUGUGUCGUCUUUUGGGCCGGGAGGAGUGCGGCGUGGCGACACAGCUUGACUCACACCUCCUGCGUCUGCUCACCCCCGUGGUCAAACUGUACACCGGGAAGCAGGCGGUGGCCGUGGUGUCAGAAUGUCUGGAGAGUUUUGGUGGACAGGGAUACAUCGAGGAUACUGGGCUGCCCGGAAUUCUCCGUGAUGCUCAAGUGUUGAGUAUUUGGGAAGGUACGACCAAUGUCCUGUCUCUGGAUGUGCUGCGCUGCAUGGCCCGCAGCUCCGGGAUGGUCGUCCAUGCUUACUUCUCUCAUGUCAAGUCCCUGCUGGCAGGUGCUUCCAGUGUUUCCUCACUGGCUCCGGCUGUGAAAGCAGUGGACAGUGCGCUCUCUGAACUGGAGGGAUUCGUUCAGGCAGCAGCCUCCAGAGGACCCGGCUACCUCCAGCUGUCAGCCAGAGACCUGGCAUACAGUCUGGCUCGCAUCUACACAGGUGCACUUUUCAUCGAUCAUGCAUGUUGGGAAGGAGCUUCUCCAAGUGACACAUACGCCGCUCUCAGGUGGUGUGAACAGGAUUUAUGCCCUGUGUCUACCAAUCAGAGAAGAGGACACUAUGACUCCAGCACGACCCCACUUGAUGCUGCGUUGGUGUUUGACUGUUUGAGAUGAGGCUGAAUGA